CUAGGCGAGGCUUCGGUGUCAACAUGCCGACAGACGUGGCGGCGCCGUCGCUCUUCCUGUCCCAGGAGGACUUUGCGUACCGGCCCGGCCCCAAAGCCCGGAGCCCCGCCACCUGCCGCCGCGAGCGCGAAGCCAGGAAGCCCGAGAAGCGGGUGACCUUCGCGGACCACCGAGGUCUGCCCCUCGCCAUGGUCAAGGUUUUCUCCCAGUUCAAGGACGCCAUCCGCAUUCCCGCCGGCAUCCGCCUCCAGCCGGCCGACCGGGGAGACGACGACGAAGAGCUGAUCCUGGACUUCGCCCAGCCGGCGUCCGACGGCGUGCUGUUCCGCCAGAGUCUGGACAGGACGUGCGUGUGCCUGGAGAACUGCGUGCUGAAGGAGCGGAUCCUGGCGGGAACCGUCAAGGUCAAGAACUUGUCCUUUGAGAAGCGCGUGCGGCUGCGUGUCACCUUCGACUCGUGGGAGAGCCACUCGGACGUGGACUGCGCCUACGUCGAGGACUCGUACCGGAGCGCGUACGGCGACACCUUCUCCUUCCGCCUCGCCUUGCCGCGGCCGCUCGAUCCCCGGCGGCGCGUGGAGUUCGCCGUCUGCUACCAGGCGGCCGGCGCGGAGUACUGGGACAGCAACCGCGGACGCAACUACCGCAUCCUCCGGGCCAAGGACGAUCGCGCCGGCCCGUUCCGCUCUGACGUUCGCUCGGACGCCUUCGGCGGCCUGGCCUGCGGGCACGGGAUCCUCCCCGAGUGGGCCGGCUACGCCGACUACAAGAACGUCGGCCCUUACUACUGAAGGGGGCGCAAGCCCACCGGCGGGUCGCGGGUUCGCCCAGGUUCUU